AUGGAAAUUAUUGAAAAUUUUGAAGAGUACCAAAAUUACUGGGAGACCAACAAGUUUUGGAAUGAAGAGCUUAAUUACAGCUGGGCAACGGAGGAUCUACAAUUUAAUCUGGUGUACCACGAUUCAAGCUUGCCGGAUGGAACUGCUUCAGGUACAACAGCCCCUAAAAAUGUUGUUUCGGAGAGGAACAGGAGGAAGACGCUUAAUGACAAGCUCUUAGCACUUAGAGAAGCAGUCCCCAAAAUCAGCAAAUUGGAUAAGGCUUCCAUAGUCAAAGAUGCUAUUGAGUGCAUCCAAGAUUUGCAAGAACAAGAGAGGAGACUCCAAGCUGAGAUAAUGGAACUUGAAUCCAAGAGAUUGAAGAACAAUCCUGAUUUUGACCAAGAGCUGCCAGUCUUGUCAAGAUCAAAGAAAACAAAACAUGACCAAACUUAUGAUCAUAGGUUGGCCAGAAGUUGUCCUGUUGAAGUUCACGAACUAAAUUUUACAUCCAUGGGAGAGAAGAUUCUGUUCGUUAGCUUGACAUGUAAUAAAACAACAAACACAAUGCUUAAGCUUUUUGAAGUUUUUGAAUCUUUGAAUCUGAAAAUUGUCACGGCAAAUGUCACAGCUCUCUCAGAUAUGGUCAAGAAGACAGUCUUGAUAGAGGUAGAUGAAGAAGAGAAAGAGUCAGUGAAGAAAAAAAUUGAAAGGGCUGUUUUAGCUGUUAGAUCCACAUCUAGUCCUAUGUAA